AUGGAACAAAGCAAUAAAGCUCACCGUAAGAGCAAAGACAAGAACACUGCCAAGAAGAAACUGCAUACACAAGGCCACAAUGCCAAGGCCUUUGCAGUUUCCGCUCCUGGUAAAAUGGCAAAACAGAUGCAGAGAUCUAGUGACGUGAACGAAAAGAAACUGCAUGUGCCUAUGGUCGAUCGUACUCCUGAUGAUGAUCCCCCUCCAGUUAUUAUUGGUGUAGUCGGUCCUCCAGGUACAGGUAAGACUACUUUGAUUAAGUCUUUGGUAAGAAGGCUAACCAAGACCACACUUACUGAAAUUAACGGUCCUGUUACCGUAGUAUCAGGUAAGACUAGACGUCUUACUUUCUUGGAAUGCCCUGCCGAUGAUUUGAACGCAAUGAUAGAUGUUGCUAAAGUUGCUGAUUUAGUACUUUUAAUGAUUGAUGGUAAUUUUGGUUUCGAAAUGGAAACUAUGGAAUUUUUAAAUUUGGCUCAGCAUCACGGUAUGCCGAGAGUUUUAGGUGUUGCCACGCAUUUGGAUUUAUUCAAGUCCCAGUCUACUUUAAGAGCGUCGAAGAAAAGAUUAAAACACAGAUUUUGGACCGAAGUUUAUCAAGGUGCUAAAUUAUUUUAUUUAUCAGGUGUCAUUAAUGGUAGGUAUCCUGACAGAGAAAUCUUGAAUUUGUGUAGAUUUAUUUCUGUUAUGAAAUUUAGACCGUUGAAAUGGAGAAAUGAACAUCCUUAUAUGUUGGUUGAUCGUAUCACUGAUUUGACACACCCAGAAUUGUUAGAAACUCAAGGCAAACAGAUUGAUAGGAAAGUAGCCUUGUAUGGUUAUUUACAUGGUACUCCCUUACCUUCUACAAGAGGAGUUCCAGUUCAUAUUGCAGGUGUCGGUGAUUUUACCAUUUCACAAAUAGAAAAAUUACCAGAUCCUUGUCCAACUCCCCAUUAUCAACAAAGGCUCGAUGAAUUGGAAAGAGAAAGAAUGAAAGAAGAAGGUGGCUCUAAUGUCAAGACAACAAGAAGACGUAAGAGGUUAGACGACAAGGAUAAGGCUAUUUACGCUCCUAUGUCUGACGUUGGUGGUGUUUUAAUGGAUAAAGAUGCUGUGUACAUUGAUGUCGGUAAGAAAAAAGAUGACCUCAGCUUUGUUCCUGGUCAAGAAAAAGGCGAAGGUGAAAAAAUGGUUACUGGUCUUCAAACUGCUGAAAAGAGUAUCGCUGAAAAUUUUGAGAAUAUCGGACUACAAUUAUUCAGUAAUAGUACCGAAUUACAUGCCGUGGAAGAUCAAGACGAUGAAGACAAUGUUAGUGAUCACGGUAGAACUUCUUUAAGACAUCCUAGAAUUCAUGGAAAAUCAAUCCAAGAGAGCGAUGAACUUGUUGAUGAUCUACCAACUGAUAACGAGGACCAAUUAAAUUCCGAUGAAGAAGCAGAACCAAAAAUGGUUAAUAUUGAUUUUGGUUCCGGUAAAAAUAAUGGUAACGUCACAUUAGAAACUGAUUCUGAGUUUGAAUUAAGUGAUGCCGAUGAAGAGACUUGGGAACGAAGUGCCGCUGGAAAACUUAAUAGCAAGAUAAAGCGUCAAAGAAAGUGGGAUAUCGGUAAAUUGAUCUAUAUGGACAAUCUAUCCCCGGAAGAAUGUAUAAAAAGAUGGAGAGGCGAGGCUGAGGAAGAUGAAGAUUAUAUAAGCAACAUUGAAAAUGAUGAUGAGGAGGAAGAAGAGCUUUUCAAGAAGAAAGACGUCGCUUCACCUGAUAACCAUUUAGGUGACUUGGAGAAAUUUGUUCCAUUUUUUGAUACUUUUGAAAAGCUGGUUCAGAAAUGGUCUUCAUUGAAAAAUAUUCAAGAUCACUUUAUCAAUGCUCCAAAAUUAAACUCAGAUGAUGCUGAUGAGGAUGCAGAUGAAGUAUAUGGCGACUUUGAAGAUUUAGAAGAUGGUGAAAAUGAAAAUGCCAAUGCAGAAGACGAUAAAGAAGAAGAAAGUGAUAACGACGCUGAAAGUGAUGAUUCGUUUGCUGACUUCGACGAAGAAGAAAAGAAAGAUAUGACAGUUGACGAAGAACGUGCGCUAAAUGCAUCGAAAAAGGAGAAGUUACGAGUACAAUUUGAAAUGGAAGAGGGAGAGAAUUUCAAGGAAGAUGAUCCAGAUAAUGAGUAUGAUACCUGGUAUGAACUUCAGAAGGCAAAAAUGGCAAAACAAUUGGAUAUUAACAAUAGUGAAUUAGCCGAUAUGACGCCAGACCAACGCCAAAUAAUUGAAGGUUUUAAAGCUGGUUCGUAUGUCCGUCUUGUCUUUGAUAAUGUUCCUAUGGAAUUUGUGGAGAAUUUUGAUCCUAGAUUCCCUAUUAUUAUAGGUGGUUUAUUAGCAACUGAACUUAAGUUUGGAAUAGUGAAAUCAAGACUCAGAAGACACCGUUGGCACAAGAAAAUUUUGAAGACAAACGAUCCAUUAGUUUUGUCUCUAGGAUGGAGAAGAUUCCAAACUUUACCAAUCUACACUACUACAGACUCUAGAACGAGAACGAGAAUGUUGAAGUAUACUCCUGAACAUACAUUUUGUAACGCCAGUUUCUACGGGCCAUUAUGUGCUCCAAAUACACCAUUCUGUGGUGUUCAAAUCGUUGCAAAUAGUGACACUACUGGAGGUUUCAGAAUUGCUGCAACUGGUAUCAUUGAAGAGAUUGAUGUUGAUGUCGAAAUUGUGAAAAAGUUAAAAUUGGUUGGGUAUCCCCAUAAGAUUUUCAAAAAUACCGCCUUCAUCAAAGACAUGUUUUCCAGUGCUAUGGAAGUUGCCAGAUUUGAAGGUGCCCAGAUUAAGACUGUAUCAGGUAUUCGUGGUGAAAUUAAAAGAGCAUUAUCUAAACCAGAAGGUCAUUUCAGAGCCGCAUUUGAAGAUAAAAUUCUGAUGAGUGAUAUUGUUAUUUUAAGAUCCUGGUAUCCUGUUCGGAUCAAGAGGUUCUAUAAUCCAGUUACUUCAUUGUUACUAAGAGAGAAAACUGAAUGGAAGGGUGUUAGACUAACAGGUCAAAUAAGAGCUGCUAUGGGUGUUGAAACCCCAUCUAAUGCGGAUAGUGCAUAUAAGAAGGUGGAACGUGUGGAAAGACACUUUAAUGGUCUGAAGAUUCCAAAGACCAUUCAAAAAGAUUUACCAUUCAAGUCGCAAGUUCAUCAAAUGAAACCACAAAAGAAAAAGACAUAUAUGGCUAAGAGAGCUGUCGUCCUUGGUGGUGAAGAAAAGAAGGCUCGUGCAUUUAUGCAAAAAGUUCUUACUUUAUCUAAGGCAAAGGAUGAAAAGAAGAGGGCGAAGAAGGCAGAUCAACGUAAAGAAAGACUCAAGAGAUUGGCUAAAGCUGAAGAAGAAAAGUUACAAAAAGACAAGGAGAAGAAGAAGGAAUAUUUUGCCAAAAAUGGUAAGAAAAGACCUAAUUCUGGUGGCGAUGAAGGUUCUCGUAAGAUGAGAAGGUAA